AUGUCCCAUACCGCACCCAUUGCUAUUAUCGGCGGCGGGCCAUGCGGGCUAACCUUUGCCCGCCUUCUCGAGAAUGUUGGAAUUGAAUAUAUUAUUUUUGAACGAGAUGUCUCACCAGUGCCGACACCUCUAUUUCAGGGUGGCACGUUAGACCUCCAUCGCAAUACAGGACAGGAGACGCUACGUCGCGCAGGCCUCGCCGAAGAAUUCGAGAGGCUAGCACGACGAGACGCGACGACAAUGACGGUUCAAGACUUCCUUGGAAACCACCGCAGUACGUUCGGUGAGGGGCAUGAUGCCCCUGAGAUCGACAGGUUCCAGCUGCGACAGCUGCUUUUAGAUUCGCUGCCGUCACAGCGAAUUCGAUGGGGGAAGGUCUUAUGCACUGCGGAGCGCAGAGAGAAGGCGAAGAGCCCGGUACGGGCAUCGGACUGGGUCUUGCGCUUUGCGGAUGGCUCGUCUGAGAGUGGGUUCCGGCUUGUGGUGGGCGCUGAUGGCGCAUGGAGCAAGUUGCGCCAGUUGAUAAUUCCCGUGAAGCCACAAUACUCGGGCAAGACUUUUAUUGAAGGCAGGUUAUCGCGGGACAACCCACAAUAUGAGGCUGCGCGCGAGAUGGUGGGCACUGGUAAUUCCAUGGCCAUAGGCGAUGGUUGUGUGCUGUGCAUCCAGCAGGUAUCUGACCUUUCCUAUCGUGUGUAUAUGGGCAUUCAGGCCGCCGAUACCGCGACACGGCCAGGCGGUGACAUUGACGUGAGUGACAUCGAGAAGGCACGGUCCGCGCUUCUCGGGCCCGGCAGGUUCUACGCCGGCUGGGCGCCGCAUCUACGUGCGUUCAUUGAAGCUGCGGAGGGUCCCUUGCGCCCUUGGCCGCUGCAUCGCCUCCACCCGGACAUCUUUCUGGACAAGAGCCCGAGCUGGACGCGCGCCCCCGGUGUCGUCUUAUUGGGUGAUGCGGCGCAUCUGUCCACGCCCAACGGCGCAGGUGUCAAUAUGGCCAUGUACGAUGCACUGAUGCUAUUUGAGAGUCUGACAACCGAACUGCAGACUAAAGGGAGCGACUACGGUGAAGAGGCCGAUGUUGCGGCGUUGGAGCGUGCCGUUAUCGCGUACGAGACGGAAAUGCGGCCUCGCGGCCGGGAAAACAUCCUCGACUCCAUUAUGAUGGAGGAGAUGAUGUACGGUGAGGGUGGAUUUCAACGUAUGCUCGAUAUGGUUCAGGGGGUGAACCACGCUGUGAAAGAUUGA